AUGGACAGUGUCUCUAACAUCGAGAACUUCGUAUUGCCGCCAAAUGUUCCUUUUCAAAGAGUUCUCACACGAGAUUUCGAAUUUGCUAGCAGUUUUGAGAACAAAGUAGACAGUGAUUUACAGGAGUUGGGUAAGCUGAUACUUGACAUAACUAGCGAGUAUGUCAAUUACAUCUUGCAGAAUGACCACUUGAAGUUAGACGAGGAGUUUAUCCAACGGAAUCUCGACAGCUUCGAGCAGGUGCUUCGUAAUCGCUUCGCAUUGAUGGAAUUUAAGGAUUCUUUGCAACACUCUAAGGAUUCGAUUCGAAACAACAAUAUGAAUGUGUCAGAGUUGACCAUAGAGGCAUUACAAGAGUACCAGUCGAGUACAGAAGACCUCAAGAAUUUCGACGAUGUUGUUAUUUCCCAUUACGAAGAACGAAAACUUCUGCAGACGUCUAGCGAGUUCAAAAAGUUCUUGAAGUCAGAUAAAAACUACGCUUAUAUAAGAAGCAUAUCAUUCAUCAUUAAGAACCCCGAGGACCCGAUACCAGAACUCGAGGAGGACGACGACGAUGUAAAUAUAUCCGGAGGGAAAAUAUCGCUCAAAGACCCUCUUUCGUUGAAUUACUUUGUAGAUCCCGUAAAGUCUUCAGUCUGCAAUCACACAUAUGAAAGAGCUUUCAUUCUUACUCAUUUGAGUUCGGGCCACUCAGAGUGCCCGAUAAAUGGCUGUCGUAAUGCGGUAACAAGGAAGAAUUUGAUCAAGGAUGACAUGAUGUGCCUCAGGAUACAGGUAUUUAGUAAGAGGAAGACUAAACCUGAGUACGAAACGGCAGAAAGAAUUGAAUGA